GAGCAGUCAGCUGCACGCGCUCUUGAGAACAGCCUUCGCGCCUGCAGCCGAGCGUGUGGAGUGAGGCUAGACGAGUUUGUGGGCAACUUGCGACCGCCGAUGCCGAGCUGUGUCUGGGGCGGUCGUCAACACGUGUAUUCUCGCUGGAUUCGUCUGUUGUACAAAGAGGUUCAGGCGUCCUGCGCAGAGAGUGCGCGGCUCGAGCACUUCGCGACUGCAUCAGACUUGAUUUCCAAGCAGCCCGGAUUACCACAGCAUGGCGCUCCUCUCGCACUACCCUUUCAAGGCAAUCUUCACGCUCUACUCCAUCUGCUAUGCCUUGUGCACGCUUCCGUUAUGGCUUACGGCUUCCAUCAUCCCCUGGACCCGGCCGAAGCGCGAAUGGACCAUCCUUCAAGCAAUCCGGAUGCAGAUUACCAGUAAAGUGCUACACUACUGGUCGGUCAUUGAGCUCAACACUUCCACGCCACUGAAACCGGGCCGCGAGGGCAGACGCUUCACUGUCGCCCAGCCCGCACCUCAAGAGAUGUACUCCGGGCCCCUGGACGACGCAGAGAUCCGUCCUGCGCCAGUGGGACUCACAUGGACCAAGACCCCAGUCACGAGUGGCAAGACCCUCCCCAGAGACGCCACGUUCAUUCUACAUUUCCACGGUGGCGCCUUCGUCAUUGGCGACGGGCGCGACCACGACACGGGCUUCCUUGCCGCGACGCUGAUCAAGCAGUUCGGCAUCGCCAGCGGCGCAGCGGCUCCUGCGCACACAUGCGUCGUCACGCCGCAGUACCGGCUCUCUUGCCGCCCUGGCGCGCACUUCCCAGCAGCCUUGCAGGACGCAGUGACAAGCUACAUCCACCUGGUCCACGAUCUGGGCAUCCCAGCCAGGCAAGUCGUCGUCUCGGGAGACUCGGCGGGCGGGAACCUGGCGCUGGGCCUGCUGCGGUACAUCACCGAGCACGGCGCCCAGUCCAACCAGAAACAGAACGACAUCCUUUCCGGUGAGGAGGACGAGGACGGACCUGACACAACGGGUCUGCCACUCCCCGGCGCAGUCCUCCUCUGGUCCCCCUGGACCGACAUCUCUGCUGCGCAGGACCCCAACGCAAUCUACCAGUCCCCGCAGUAUUCUACAGACUACCUGUCCGGCGCCUUUGGGGCGUGGGGCGCAAGGGCGUACACGGCGUUCGGGAGGCUCGACGCCCUGGACCCGUACAUCUCGCCCUUGCACGCGCCGUUCAGGAGCCCCGUGCCCGUGCUGAUCCAUGCCGGUGGCGGAGAGGUCCUGUUGCAGGAUUGCGAGGAGCUGACGAGGCGGCUGCGGAAGGCAGGCGGGCUUGGUGCUGAAGGCAGCCAGGAGGAUGAUGGUGGCAAGGGGGGAGGAGAAUGGGAGAAGGUACUGGCCGGGAAUGUCGAGCUCAUCAUGUCGCCCCAUUGCCCGCAUGAUAUCCUGCUCGUGGGCGCCAUGACUGGGUUCAACAAGGAGGCCAAGGUGGCCGCGAGGAAGGCUGGUGAUUUCUGGAACAGGGUAAGGAAGAUUGAGUGAGUGUGUGGUCGCCCUGUGUGGGUCGCUGUCUGCUGAUGGUGCAUAAGAGAGAACAAGCAGCUCCUUCCAGUCCCAUUGGCCAGUCUCAAGUAUCUUGCCUCAUCCCCGUGCCAUUCCCGCAGUCUAGGCCGAGAAGGCCCGCUGCGCC